AUGGAUAAUAAUAAUUAUUGAAAUUGAAAAUGGAAUACGGAAUUGGUAAGUCUGAAGGGAGAUUUGGAAGUAAUAGUGUGAUUUAUAGAUAUUUAUACACCCUCAAAGAUUACUGCUUUGGUGAAAGUUGUGGGCAAUGAGAGUGAAAAUGUGAUUAAUGUCAAGAGAGAAAUUAGGGAAAUUUUAGGGAAAACAAUGAGCGGGACUGGUAAAAUUGAUAUCAGCCUUUUACCUGGAACUCAUGAUCCAAACAUCAACGAGUGAAUCUACUGCGAUUUCAUUGAGGAUGAUCACCAAGAAUCUCUUUGGCGUGAUUUCCAAAGAUGGAGAGAAACUUUAGGAAUCUUAGUCAUUGCAGAAGUAGAAUGUGAGGAUGGAUGCGAUCUCUCAGAGGCUCUAUCAGCUUCUGGAAUAGAUAAAGAAUUUGAGAAUAUUAUUGAAUCAAAUAGAAUGGUCCUUAACACCCAUUUAAUAAUCAUCCCUACCUCGAAUAAUGUGGAUACUUCUGGUUGUAUCAACGAAUACACCCAUUUUGCAUUUAAGAGCAAGAAUAACCAAUUUGAUCUUGAAAAGCCACUUUAUGAUUUCUUCAGUGGUAUUCUGGACCGGAUUGACCAGGAAGCCUCUAACUUUGCUAAUGAGAAGAAUGAGGGCCUUAUCAUCACAUUAGCAGAUAUCAAUAUUGAUGAAGAAUUCACAACAAUGAAAAAUCGUAGAAAUUGAAGGAAGCUCAAAAGUUUAGGAGAUAUGCUACUUCUAAGAGGCAAAUAUGAGGAUGCAAUUGAAAGUUAUGACCAAGCAAUCGCCAAUGCAAUAGUAGCCGAAGACUGGCUCUGGAAUGCAGGAGCUCUGUUAAGCAAAGCUACAGCAAAGAUGAUGAUAAUCUGAUCUCCCUUUGAUAAGUAUUAUGCAAGGUUCAAUAUGGAUAUUUACGAGAUUCUGAAAUAGUGCUCAUAAUAAGAUGUCCAAGACCAAAAUUACAGAACUAGAGGUUGAGACAUCCCUUGUUAUUGCCAGAUAUUUAUCUAAUUUCUCAACUUGUAAACCACUUCUUAUGGACAUGCUACUUUACAUUACUAAAUAUGAUUUGAAAAGACUGAGGAGAAAAGAAAAAGGUCAUUUAUACCUAAAUCUCGCUGAUAUCUGAGGAAAAGCUGGGUUCAAUAGGAAAUAAAAGUUGAUAUCUCAUUCAAGCAAGCAAUCACCUUUGGAACAAUGUUGACUAUCAAAAUACUGAUGAGGUUAACAAAAAGCUUGGAGCGUACAUUACAGCCUUAGCAUCAGGCUAUGGGAUUAAUUUCAGUAACUUCGAUCAAGACCUGGAGCCUCAUAAAUCAAGAAUAGUCCAGCUCUGAUUGGAUAUAAACUCAGAUCUUGGUCUAAAUAAAUCAAAAACAUCACCUUCCUUCAAUAGGUUUCUGUACAAAGACAAAGACUCUCCAGGGUGUUACCAACGUGUUGAGAAGAAGAUUCCAAAGCGUAGCUAUCUCCAAAAGAUCAGACGGCAUAUGACCACUCUAGAACAAGUAGAUCCCUGAUUUUUCAACGUUGACAUCCAAAAGAUCAUUCUCAGAGAGAUAAUGCAGAUCUGCACGAAGUCUACUUCCCUUGACGAAGAGAAGAGAAGAAGUUUGGUCGUUAAAAUAGCAGCCUGAUUUAUGAACGUCUCUGCUGCUGCAACCUUCGCAGAAGGAAUAGUUAGUUCUGCACAGAGAAUCAUGGACAACGAUCAUCAAGAGGAAAGUAAGGAGGAAAUCAAGACUGAAGCUGGCGAGAAGGGUACUAUACACAGCUUUUUAAAUUUCCAACCUCAUUAUGAGGUCCAGUAUGAUUGCGAAAAGGAUAUUCUGAUGACAGAAGCAAUGUUCAAGAAGCAGAUUAAAAUGGAGCAGCAAAAAGGAGCAUUGAAUUUCUUGAAACAAUUGAGAAAGAAGCUAUUAUCAAAGAAUACCAAUAAGAAAAUGCUAAUUCCAUGCUGGAAAAUCGGUCAAGAAUACCAGGUCAAACUGUACCUAAGAGCGCCAAUAAUUAAAGGAGAGAUGCCAGAUUGAGAUAUAAUUACUAGUUCAGAAGAUAUUAAAUCAACACCUUGUAAAAUUAAGCUUUGCGAAGAGGAAAAAGAUAACUUUACAAUCUGUAUAUCUUGAAAUUUUAAGCCGGAGUCCUCUAUGAUUUUGACAAUAGUAGGGGUGCGCUUGACAUAUAAAUCUAUAUCUCUUUCAAUUGAAGAUACCAACACUGGUUCUGAAGUGAAGCCUCUUUCACAAAAAGAAGAAUCAGAGCAAGAAAAUCAAGCUCCUCAUGGACGGUUAUUUAUAUGGCAUAUGCUACAGAGUGAUGGGAUACGAAAACUCCCAAAGUUUAUUGUAUGCCCUGAAUAGAUUAAUUCAUCUAAAAUUACAU